CUUUCCCCCUCCCCUUUUAAUGCAGACACACCUGGAUGCUCCAGAGAUACAGGCGAGCAGGAGUCAGCGCUCUAGCUGGUCAUACAGAAGACCACUAGCUUUCCCCGCAGAGCUGCAGGUGGGUGGGCAGGCAGAGCGACAGACCUACACACACACACACACACACACACACACACACACACAGCUGGCACUCUUCCAUCCCAUCCCCCUCCCCUGCUUCCCGAAUCUCUCUGGGCUCCCUCCCUUCCCUGGGAUUCCAAGCAGGGUGGAGCGGGAGUGGGGCAAGGGUGCUGUCCUGGUUCUAAGGAACCUCCUGACCCAGAAUUGAAAUUGAGGCCAGCUCAGCCCCUCUAUUCCCCCAGACAUGCUGCUGGGCUCAGGCUGGAAGAAGAGGACCGAAGACAUUGGCAAAAUCUACGACAUCAGAGAGAAACUUGGGGCGGGAGCAUUCUCGGAGGUGUUUCUGGCCCAGAAUCGAUGCUCCAAGAGAUUGGUGGCUCUCAAGUGUAUCCCGAAGAAGGCUCUGAGGGGGAAAGAGGUGGCUGUAGAGAAUGAGAUCGCUGUUCUCAAGAAGGUCAGUCACCCCAACAUUGUGGCUCUUGAAGAUGUCCAUGAGAGCAGCUCCCAUCUCUACCUGGCCAUGGAACUGGUAACAGGGGGAGAGCUAUUUGAACGCAUCAUGGAACGAGGCUCAUACACAGAGAAGGAUGCUAGCCACCUGGUGGGCCAGGUCUUGGGAGCUGUCUCCUACUUGCACAGCCUGGACAUCGUGCACCGUGACUUAAAACCUGAGAAUCUGCUGUACGCCACCCCCUUUGAGGAUUCUAAGAUCAUGAUUUCUGACUUUGGCCUGUCCAAGAUCCAGGAGAGCAACGUCUUGGGCACUGCUUGUGGGACCCCAGGCUAUGUUGCCCCUGAACUGCUGGAACAGAAGCCCUAUGGGAAGGCUGUAGAUGUCUGGGCCCUGGGGGUCAUCUCCUAUAUCCUUCUGUGUGGCUACCCCCCCUUUUAUGAUGAGAAUGACUCGGAGCUCUUCAGUCAGAUCCUGAAAGCCAACUAUGAGUUUGACUCGCCAUAUUGGGAUGACAUCUCUGAAUCGGCCAAAGAUUUCAUUCGGCACCUUUUGGAGAGAGACCCUGAGAGGCGGUUCAGCUGUGAGCAAGCCUUGCAGCAUCUUUGGAUCUCUGGGGACACAGCCCUGGACAAGAACAUUCUCAGUUCUGUCAGUGAGCAGAUCCAGAAGAAUUUUGCUCGGACCCACUGGAAGAGGGCAAUCAAUGCCACAUCUUUUCUUCGGCACAUCACCAAGAUGGGGCAGAGCACUGAGACAGAUGGGGAUGAAGGAGGGCAGCAGAAAAAGUGAUGAUGCCUCAUGCCAAGUGGCCACUCAUUCAUCAAGAAAUCCCUUCACCUGGAGCUGGAAGUGCUGGAAGAGGAGCCCGCUCCUUAGCUCUCAUGGAUGUUACCAUCAAUUUCUUUCCUGCCUGUGCCCUGAGUCCUCUCCUCCUCCUUCCUUUCCCCCACCCCUCUCAGUUAUAACUAUCUGUGCCUGGCACCCCUGCCCCGGCAAUCACCGGGUCUCAUAGUUUGGGCUGGAUUGUCUGGAUGUGUAUGUGUGUGUGUAUAUGUGUGGGAGGCCUGGGGGCUGGAGGUGGAGGGGAGUCUGGGGAAUCCCUCUGGCUUGAUUUGAGACACUGGUGCUGUUGGGAGGCAGCAUGAGGUGUUGAGGUCCCAGUGAAAGUGUAGCCUAGGAAGCUGGAAGGAGGAGGGGGCUGGAGCUAGAAGCUUGACUGUUGCUCCCAUUCUGCUCCCCUUGGGGAGGUGGGGAUGGGGGCUGGGCCUAAGAUUUUCUUAGUUUUUCUGAAAGGGACCAAUAAAGGGUUGGGGACUCAACCUCUUCAUAGGGGAGGCAGUGAAGAGGAAAGUGGGGAUGAGGGGAAAUCAGUGAUGGAGACUUUUGGAGCUAAAAAGCUAAGAGCUUUUAGACUCUUGGGUGAGCUAUUUUCACAAUCAGAGCCUCCCUUUCUCCAACAGUUAACAUGGGUGGCAGACUCAGUUGGUCUAUUAAAGUUCUGCCUAGCUCGAAAUUCAUUGCCUCCAUGAAUGGGGAUCCCUUUCCCUCUUCCUUCUGGCCCAGGGCAUGUCUGUAUGUUUGUCUGUCUGUGGUCCUUCCUGUCCCUAGCAGCCCUAGCCCCCAGCAUUUGCCCUUUCAUCAAGCAAAUAAAAUUACU